AUGGCAUCGAUAAAAAAAGAUGACGAAAUGUGUUCAUUCGACGUACCUGAGAUCACGCCGAAAGAAUUAACAGAGAACAGCUAUCAACUGGUAUAUUGGAAGCGAUAUGCGGAUAUUCGAAAACUCUACGAAACUCUUCAGCGAUAUCAUCAAGCUGUGUAUCGUCCUGGAAAAUUUCCUGAUUUUCCUCCUAAAGAGCGAUUUCUAGAACGCUAUGAUCCAGCGGUGGUUGAAGAACGACGUGUAGCUACAAAGAUUUUUCUUAAUUAUGUUCUUCAACAUCUAUAUCUGCGUACCCACGAUGCAUAUCUCGAAUUUGUUGAGAAAGGUGAAAAAAUUCCUUUACCUGAUGUUGAAACAGCUCCAUUACAGCCUGAGAUAGUCAGUCUACGAAUAGAAAGUCCUCCUGAGAACAUUCCAAACGCAUCUAUAUCAAGUUCGCCAAAUGAAUCAAAGAACGACGAACUUCUUCUGACAACGGAUGAAGAACAACGAAUCGAACAAGUGACGACAAAUUGUGCACGAAUACUCGACGAUCUAACUGAUCUUCAAUUCGAGCAACAAGAAGAAAUCAAAAAAGAAAAAGAAGAGUUUGAUUUAGUCAAAGACGAAGUAGAUGAAGCUGCAGAUUUACUUUCAUUCCCAUUGGCGACAACGACUACAAAUACAUAUUCGUCGUAG